AUGUACGAAGGCAAACAGAAUCUAGACUUGCACAAUGGAAGCAAUAAUUGUGCCACAUUUAUGUAUAUAGUGGGCUUCCAUCAUGAUUAUGGAUAUCAGGUGCUUCUCUCGGUUGUGUUCUCAGCUGCCUAUGUACAGGUCAUCGUGGUAAACCUGUUUAUAAUCACUCUUGGAUGUUCUGACCCUCACCUUCAGAAGCCAAUGUUCUUUUUCCUCUCUAAUCUCUCCUUUGUUGACCUCUGCUUCAGCUCCGUCACUAUGCCAUGGACCACAUACUCUUUCUUAACCAACAACAGAAUUGUAUCUCUCCAAGCUUGCGUCGCCCAAAUGUAUGGCUUUUUGUCUUUCACGAGUACGGAGUUUCUUCUUUUAUCGGCCAUGGCUUAUGACCGUUACGUUGCUGUCUGCGACCCUUUGCACUACCUACUUUCCAUGAAUCGCCGGAUUUGUGUCCUCCUGGUCGUAUCCUCGUGGUUGGUCGGCUUCCUAGAUACGGCUCCACAUGCGUGGUUCGCGCUUGUCGCUUGUUAUUGUGGAUCCAACCAGAUUAAUCACUUCUUCUGCGAUCUAACAGCUCUUUGGAAGCUUUCGUGUUCUGAGACUGAACUUAUAGAAACCAUCACAUACGUAGAAGGGAUAUUUUUGGGCUUUGGUCCUUUUCUGUUGACCUUGACAUCUUAUGUUUUUAUUGUGAACACUAUCUUAAAAAUUCAGUCUUUAAAAGGAAGACUGAAGGCCUUUUCCACUUGCUCCUCACACCUGACUGUCGUGAUAAUAUUUUACGGAACCACACUGAGCAUGUACAUGCGACCAACCUCUAUGUUUUCCCUGGAAGAUAACAAAAUGAUCACUCUUAUAUACGUAAUGGUCAUCCCCUUGCUUAAUCCUAUUAUAUAUAGUUUAAGAAGUAAAGAUCUAAAGGAGGCUCUUUGGAGGACCUUGCAAGCAAGGUCUUUUAGGCAAUAA